CACAGUUUCUCCGAGAAAGUGAAAAUAGCUUUCGCCGCACCGUCCGAUUCUCGGAGACCAGCACCUUCUUCGACGAAUCAGUUUUUCGUCUCUACGGCGAGAAUCUGAUACUGCGUAGAUUCCCUUCCCCGACGUAUAAUUGGAGGCUCUGUAGACGUAUUAAUAAUAACGCAUGGCGUCGCUAGCUCUGACUUCUCCUCCCGGCGUUAAGGUUCCGUCGCACCUUGCCUCCUCGUCUUCGUCUCUCAUCUCCCGCUCCUCGAUUUCAUUCACCACCAUUGAGUCUGGCUCCCGAAUCUGCGUUUCCAAUUCGGCGAAAUGCAAUUUGCCGAAAGCACUGACUCUUGGCAACGGGAACGCUAGCAUUCCAAUCAUCAACGGGACGACACUUCCAAAGUACCUUGAUUCUUCUUCCCGGUUGGAGAAACCAGUGAGUAGUAGAAGAGCCAACACAAAGCUCAAGCUCUUCUCUGGUACUGCAAAUCCAGCACUUUCUCAGGAAAUUGCUUGGUAUAUGGGCUUGGAGCUUGGCAAGAUUAGCAUCAAGAGGUUUGCUGAUGGGGAGGUCUACGUUCAGCUCAAAGAGAGUGUUAGAGGCUGCGAUGUCUUCUUGGUGCAGCCUACUUGCACUCCGACUAAUGAGAAUCUCAUGGAGCUGUUGAUCAUGGUGGAUGCUUGCCGAAGAGCUUCCGCUAAGAAAGUUACUGCUGUGAUUCCCUAUUUUGGAUACGCAAGAGCUGAUAGAAAGACACAAGGGCGUGAAUCCAUUGCUGCCAAACUGGUUGCAAACCUUAUAACGGAGGCAGGUGUGGAUCGGGUUCUUGCGUGUGAUCUUCAUUCAGGACAGUCCAUGGGUUAUUUUGACAUACCUGUGGAUCAUGUCUAUUGCCAGCCUGUGAUACUAGAUUAUCUUGCUAGCAAGUCAAUUUCAUCAAAGGAUUUGGUAGUGGUUUCUCCUGAUGUUGGUGGAGUUGCUAGGGCACGUGCUUUUGCCAAGAAAUUAUCCGAUGCUCCCCUUGCCAUUGUUGAUAAAAGACGUCACGGCCACAAUGUUGCUGAGGUCAUGAACCUAAUAGGUGAUGUUAAAGGCAAAGUGGCAGUAAUGGUGGAUGACAUGAUUGAUACCGCUGGAACCAUUGUGAAAGGAGCAGCUCUUUUGCACGAGGAGGGUGCUCGUGAGGUUUACGCUUGCUGCACGCACGCGGUUUUCAGUCCGCCUGCGAUAGAGCGGUUAUCGAGCGGUUUGCUGCAAGAAGUGAUAGUGACGAAUACAUUACCGGUAGCGGAGAAGAAUUACUUCCCGCAGCUAACGAUAUUGUCGGUGGCUAAUCUUCUGGGUGAGACCAUUUGGCGUGUCCAUGAUGAUAGCUCCGUUAGUAGCAUUUUUCUUUGAUGCUUCCUUGGUGUUUAAGGUUUUAGGAUGGGGUUCUUUCUUCUAUUCACAGUUUCUACACCCUAAGGAGGGUGUAUUGAACAGAGUGUUUGAAGAGGUUUUGGGAUUUUUAGGUUUGGUGGGAUUUUAAGUGGGUUUUGAAGAUGUUUAGAUGAUUUUGGUGGGCUUUGAAAAUAAAAAUGCCAAAAUAUUGGGGAUUUGGCAUGAUCCUUUUCUAAAAUUUCAGAGUACUUGAGUGAAUUAAAUUGGGAAACAAGAGAAACCACGGAUAGUCUCGAGUUUCGACUCUUCCGUCGUAACUUCGACAUAGAACUGACUGUUAAGUGUUAACAAUGAGCUUGUCAACUU